AUGAGUUUUUCAUGUGUGAAUGAUGAUACUCUGGGCCCUAUCGUCCGUGGCUGCCGAGAUGACUUUGACUUCACAGUUAGAUUUGAGCAGGUGAUCCUGUCAAUCGUCCCUGCAUCCAUAUUCAUUGUACUCGCGCUUUUGCGCGUCUUCGUCUUAUCUGGCAAGCCGAGGGUCGCAUCGGGACCCAAGCUGCAAUGGCUGAAAAUCUUCUUCAUUGCUGUAUACACAGGUUGCCGAUUGUUUCAAUUGGUCCUGACUAGUCGCAGCAUAUCAUGGACAUCUCGAGUUGCAAUUGCGUCCGAUGCAAUGAGCUUCGUCGUCGGCCUCAUCAUGAUUCCUCUCUCGUUCCUAGAACACGAUCGAUCACCCCGGCCCUCAACUCUGCUCGACAUUUAUCUCUUGGUCACUCUUAUUUUUGACGUUGCUCUGUCAAGGACCCUUUGGCUCUCGGUAGAGUCUGGGGAGGACUAUCACCAAAGCCUUGUCUCAAUCGUGUCGACCGCCGUCAAAGCCGCAGUGUUGGCUCUCGAAUCCUGCCAGAAACCUCUCUCUUGGUACUUUGACCAGAAACCGCAAAGUCCAGAAGUCACCAGUGGCAUUAUCAAGCUCAUGACCUUCUUCUGGCUGAAGGAGCUCUUUCUCAAGGGCUAUCGAAAAAUUCUUAGCAUCAGCGACCUGUACUUGCUGGACGAAUCGAUGUCCGCCGAAAUCCUGUACAACAAAUUUGAACCGCGCCUACGAAAGAACACCAGUCUCGGCCACACUCACGCCCUCGGGAGGAGCCUCCUCCGUACACUUGCGGUUCCCCUCCUCCUCCCCGUGGUACCGCGAUUCCUCCGCAUAGGGUUCAUGUUUUGCCAGCCUCUACUGAUAGAAUCUCUGUUGAGCUAUCUCCAGGAGCCUGAUCAACAAUCGUCACCCCAUAAAGGAUAUGCCUUCAUUGCUGCCGCAAUUAUUAUCUACGUAGGCAUGGCUUUGUGCCAGGCCUCGCAUUUCUAUCUUCACGAACGAUCACUAUUCAUGAUGAGAGGCAUCUUGGCGUCCGCCGUGUACCGCAAGACGACUAUUCUGAAACUUUCGGCCUCUGAAGAUUCGGCGGCCCUGACGCUGAUGAACACCGACGUAGAAAGAUUCAAAAGCGGCGUUAUGUUCUGGCACGAGUAUUGGGCAAACCCUAUUGAGAUCGCAGUCGCAUGUUAUCUUCUGCAGCGACAAAUCGGGCCUGCCUUUGUGGCCCCAAUCGCUCUGGUAGCAGUCUGUGGUAUUGUUGCAAGUUUCGUUGCGAAAUUCUCAGCUAGGAACCAGGGCGUGUGGAUGAAAGCAAUCCAGAAGCGGGUGGGAGUCACUUCCAAGACAAUCUCAACCAUGAAGGCGCUGAAGAUAUCCGCCAUGACUGGCCCCGUUGAGAAGUUGAUACUCGGACUACGGCUUCAAGAACUCCAAAACGGGUGGAAAUGGCGCUUGACCAUCGUUGCAACCGUCGCUGUGGCGCAUAUGCCAACUCUACUCGGACCAGUAGUGGCAUUCGCGACGACGACUUCUUCUCUCGACGUCACACGCAUCUUCACGUCCAUGGCGUACUUGACUCUGCUCGCCGGCCCACUUGCUCUUCUGCUGCAGACGUUCCCAAUGAUGGCUGGCGCAUACGCCUGUCUAGGCCGCAUCCAGGCCUAUCUCGACAAGGAAUCCCGAGAGGACUUCCGCCUGACGCCUGGCUUGUCGAUUCCGGCUAAGCACAACGGAGCAAUGCCCGCCGACUCUGAAGCGACUGCCAUCACAGUCACUCAAGGUUUCUUUGGAUGGGAAGAGGGGAAAAACGUGUUGGAAAACAUCAACAUUGAAGUUCCUGCGUCCUCUCUCACCAUCAUCGUCGGACCCAUAGCUUCUGGAAAGUCAACCCUAUUGAAAGCCUUUCUGGGUGAAACAUCAUUCAGCUCCGGCGAUGUCAUUUUGGGAGUCAACUGUCGUAGUGUAGGCUACUGCGAUCAGUCCCCUUUUCUUUACAACGACACUGUGAAAGCCAACAUCAUAGGCCACUCCCCACUGAACCCCGAACGUUACGACCAAGUCAUCGAAGCCACAAUGCUGUCUGCAGACCUGGGAACGCUGCCCAAAGGAGAUGACACCAACGUGGGAAGCAACGGAGUUACACUUAGCGGAGGCCAGAGACAACGAGUUGCGCUCGCACGCGCUCUCUACCUGGAAAGCGAGAUCCUGAUUUUCGACGACAUUCUUAGCGGACUUGACGCGAACACUGAAGAGCAUGUCUUCCGCCGAGUGUUUGGUCCUGAUGGCAUAGUUCGUCGAAGAGGAGUGACCGCAGUGCUCUGCACUCACUCAGUGCGACACUUGCCGUCAGCAAAUCACAUUGUUGCCCUCGGCUCUGACAGCACUGUGGUCGAACAAGGCUCCUUUGCCAAGCUGAAGUCCAAUGGAAAAUACAUCCAAAGUCUCAAGAUCCAAGAAUCGAAGGAGGCUUCCAAGGAUGCUGACCGCGAAGACACCGAUAAACCUGCGCCUGUCCCUGUGGCAGCAACUAAGGCCAAAGAUGCUAAGCUGGCUGAAGAAAAAGACAAGGCACGCCAACUCGGCGAUUUCGCAGUCUACAAACACUGGUUCGGCACAAUGGGAAAAUGGGUUCUAGCAGCAUUUCUCUUCUGGGACAUCAUCUACGGUAUCACUAGCGCCUAUCCCAAUGUGUGGCUCAAGUUCUGGUCCGAGGACAUCGCCUCGACAAAUCCCGAACACUCUGGAACGUUUUACCUGACAACCUACGCCCUUCUACGGGUCGUGUGCCUCUUGGCGAUGACCUUCGUCGCCUUCAUCUGCCUGCGGAUGAUGAUCUUUCAGUCAGGAUCAAAACUUCAUCAACAGGCCCUGCGGACGCUUGUCGGCGCAUCUCUGAGGUACUUGACCGUGACUGACGCGGGUACCAUCACCGGUUUGUUUGCACAGGAUAUCAGUCUCAUCGACACCGAGCUUCCCCUGAACUUCAUCAACUUCUCGCUCGGUCUCCUCAGCGCCAUCGGUAUGAUGGCCAUCAUCUCAACCACGUCACCGUGGCUCGUCAUCACUUAUCCGUUCCUCAUCGGAGUGUUGGUGGCGGUGCAGAUGUUCUAUCUACGCACAUCGAGGCAGUUGCGUCUUCUAGACCUUGAAGCAAAGGGUCCUUUAUACGCCCAUUUCAUCGACACCCUCAAGGGCCUGGCGACCCUUCGAGCCUUGGGAUUUAUUUCCAGCGAUAUUUCGGUUAAUAACAAACUCCUCGACACAAGUCAACGACCGGCAUACCAGCUGGCACUCAUUCAACGUUGCCUGGCCUUCGUGUUGAGGCUCACCGUCGCCAUCAUCGCAAUUAUCGUGGUGAUCAUGUCCACGCAACUGCGCGCGAACUCGGGCUACACCGGAGCAUCUCUCAUCACCAUCAUGUUAUUUAGUGAUGUACUCACCAUGCUCGUGCAAGCGUUUGCGUCGGUGGAAACCAGCAUCGGAGCUGUAGCCCGUAUCAGGACUUUCCACAAAACCGUCAAGCCGGAAACGGGGCCCGAAGAGAACGUCCUCCCCGAGGAAAGCUGGCCUCAGAAGGGUGCUAUCGAUAUCAAGGGCGUAUCGGCUUCCUACGGUGCGUCCAACGACGCAAAGUCCGCCGAGGAACUGGCUCUUCGAGACUUGCAAUUGGAGAUACGUCCCGGCGAGACAGUGGCCGUCUGCGGACGUACGGGUAGCGGGAAGUCGUCCCUCGUGCUUCUGCUCCUUCGUCUACUCGACCCCUUAUCCGACUCUGCCGGUGAAAUCCUGAUCGAUUCCCUCCCGAUCAACAAGGUCGACCGUGACGCCCUGCGCCGCCGCAUCAUCGCCGUCUCCCAAGACCCCAUCUUCCUCCCCGACGGCUACACCAUUCGCGAGAACCUCGACCCCUUCGACGAAGCAGACGAGGCAGAGUGCAAGAGCGUCCUGGAGCAGGUCGGCCUCCUCUCGGCGAUCGAGGACCGGGGCGGGAUCUCCGUCGAUCUGACAGCCGAGUCCUUCAGCGCUGGCCAGAAGCAGCUCUUCUGCCUUGCGCGUGCAGUUCUCCGCCGGCGCGUCAGGGGUAAGAAGGGUGCCGAGGGAGGCAUCCUCCUGCUCGAUGAAGUCUCGUCGAGCGUGGACAAGGCCACUGAGAUUGAGAUGCAUGAGAUCAUCCACCGCGAGUUUAAGGGGUAUACCGUCAUCAUGGUGUCCCACCGCCUCGACACGGUUAUGGAUUGUGAUACCAUCGUCGUGAUGGACAAGGGGCGCGUGGUCGAGAAGGGCGAGCCGAAGGUGUUGAAGGAUCAAGAUGGUGGGAUGUUUAGGGAGCUUUGGAAUAAGGGCCGGACGUCUGAAGAAUGA